AUGAAUUUCAUAGAAAAGGUUACCAAAAGUCAUUAUCCACAACUAUCUACUCAAUUAGUCAGAAUGUCCCAGUUGUUAUACAAAUACUUUUUACAAAAGACAAAUUUGGACCAUCUCGUCACAUUUGGAGUAGGAGAAGAUCCCUAUUUUGAAGAGAUCCCGGAGCAAGAUCUCCAUUUUUACCAACGUAAAGGAACCAAAAGAAAAAGACAAUUGCCUGCUUUUAUUCCUAAGGACGAUUUGAAAAUCUUGAACAAAGUUAAAAGUAAAGCUUAUUCAUUGGAUUUACAGUUGAGUAUAUGUGGCUUGAGAAUUGGAUGGGCAGGAAUUAUUGGAUUGAUCCCUUGGAUAGGUGAUCUUUUAGCAUUUUAUUUUGCAUGGCAAUUAGUAAGAACUGCUAAAAAGAUUAACGGCGGUUUACCUAAAAGUUUGGAGGCCGAAAUGAUGGCUAAUGUGACUUUUGAUUUUGGCAUUGGGUUAAUACCAAUAAUUGGAGAUUUUAUCAAUGUGUUGUAUAAAUGCAACUCGCGAAAUUUUGUUCUUUUGGAGAAACACUUGAUUGAAAAGUACAGGGGAAAGGAGAAGCGCGAGCUUGCCGUGGUACCCAAUACAGUAACGGGAGAUCCAGGUAUAGAUGGCAAGAACACCUAUACGUCACAACCUGUUUCAGAUCUUACUAUGAACUCAAAUAUAGGGGAACACGUAUAG